CCAAAGUGAAUAUAAUCCACCAUAGUUUCCUUACAUGGAUAGUAACAUACAUAUAUAUUGACCUUGUAUAGGCAUACAACAGAAAUAUGCACAUGUAUCAAUGUGUCUAUUACAUUUCAGAGUCCAGUCAGAAUUUGUUCAGUUCAGGAAUGGAUUGAACAAAGUGGGAAGACUGCUAGAUGCAGUCCAACUGGCCCCAAAGUCUUUUCUUCAACUCUUCACCCAGACCAGCAAAGCUCUACGGUUCAGAGACAUCAGGGAGCUUUACAAGGUGAACUGGAGUCCUGAUGGAUCUAACAAUAAGAGGCAGGAGGAACAGGCUUUGUAUUGUCUAGAAGCGUUUCUUGCCGAUUCAGAAGGGGGAUCCACAGGGAUUUCAUUAGACAAGGUGUUAUCCUUUUGGACUGGAGCAGCAAGUAUUCCUCCACUAGGAUUUGAAAAAUCUCUGGAUGUGUCCUUUGGAAGCACUAAACAAUUUCCAACAGCCCACACCUGUGCCCUUAUAUUAACAAUAUGGCGUGGUUUCGAUGAUCCUGACGAGUUUCAGGAUACAAUUACAAAAGCAAUAAAAUGGGCAGGAGAAUUUAUAGGCUCACUUCUUCUACCUUCAAGCAAAAUAGACGUGAAGUGUUCCUUCAUCUCCUCUGUGCAUCCAUAG